GAGGCGAAUGAGCGAAUGGGAUGUUGAAUGACGAGGGACAGCCUAGUGCCGAGGUUACAGCCAAGGCCGAGAUUAGAUGCUGCAACUCGCCCUGGAUGUCUGGUGAGCUCAUCGGGCUCAUUACGCUUGAAUGUUUUAAUAAUGGGAUUUUAUCGCAUUCAUUCCUCGUGGAACAUCUUGGAAAUUUGAUCUAUCAUCUCCUUUCUCCCCCGUGUCUACCAUAUUUCAUUUUCUUUCCCUUCGCUCAUUUUCUCCAUUGAACCUCAGGAUUUGUUGAAUCUCCACCGUGAUACCCCUCCGAAAUACCGCACCCUACCAGCCUGAUCCCCUGACGUACAUCGGCAACCAUGUCGAACGUAAACAACGAGAAGAGGACCAACCUGCCAGUUGCGACGCCGAGUACGGCAGCACAACAGAGCGACAAUGUUGCUCACGCCCUCGCCGGCGCUGGGGGAGGACUUCUCUCCAUGGCCUUGACAUAUCCUCUCAUCACGCUCUCCACCCGCGCCCAAGUCGAGUCGAAACGUGCACAAACCGGUACUUUAGACGCUGCGAAGCGCAUCGUCCAAAGAGAAGGCCUUGCAGGUCUCUACGCUGGUCUUGAUAGCGCCCUGUUUGGAAUUAGCGUCACCAACUUCGUGUACUACUACUGGUACGAAUGGACUCGGUCAACUUUCGAGGCUGCUGCCGAAAAGGCUGGCCGGAGCAAAAAGCUUACCACGGUCGAAACCAUGAUCGCUGGAGCGGUCGCUGGCUCGGCCACCGUGCUCAUCACCAACCCCAUCUGGGUGGUCAACACCCGGAUGACAGCACGCAAGUCCGAUGCCGAGGAAGUCCUCCCUGGUGGAGCGGACGGUAAGCCCAAGAGGAAGCCGGGCACCCUCGCGACGUUCGCGGCCAUCAUCAAGGAAGAAGGAUUCAGCAAGCUCUUCGCGGGCGUGCUUCCGGCCUUGGUGCUCGUCAUCAACCCGAUCCUACAAUACACCUUCUUCGAACAGUUGAAGAACACGUUGGAAAAGAAGAGGAGGGUAACACCGACCGACAGCUUCUACCUCGGUGCCCUCGGAAAACUGCUGGCCACCAGCAUCACCUACCCUUACAUCACGGUCAAGAGCCGAAUGCACGUCGCCGGCAAAGACGGCCCGAAGGAAGGCAUCUUCAGCAGCCUUAACCGAAUCCUGAAUGAGGAAGGAUGGACCGGACUUUAUGGAGGCAUUGGACCCAAGGUCACCCAGAGCGUGCUCACGGCGGCGCUCCUGUUCGCAUUCAAGGAUGCUCUGUAUAACGUUACCGUCAAAGCCAGGCGAUCCAUCGCCAAGAAGUAAAUCACGAACUUAGUAGGGAAAUACGGGACGCUUAGACCGUUCCUCAAGCGGAGCGGCUGAUGGAUGCGCUACGAUACGGCGGAAGGAUUAGAUGUAAGAUGGUGCAUUUACAUGGAAUAUCAAGAUUAUUGACCAUCACGGGUGGAGGAGGAAAACGGGACCAAGUCCGCGUACUUGGUGAGGAUUUAAGCAUCAUCACUUGAUUGUUCAUAAAUACCUAUAUUUCAGCCCCCUGUGAAUAGACUUGUACAAGAGAAUUAGCCAGCACUCCAUUUCAUAAACC